GGAGAUUGUCGUCGGUAACCGGACAUCACCGGGGGCGACGCCGCAGUAUCGAGGUGGGAGGGGGGGGGCGAAUCCGCGCGGAGAUGCUGAAUAUGUGGAAAGUACGAGAGCUUGUGGACAAAGCCACCAAUGUGGUGAUGAACUACUCUGAAAUCGAAUCCAAGGUGAGAGAGGCCACCAAUGACGACCCCUGGGGACCCUCGGGACAGCUGAUGGGAGAAAUAGCCAAGUCGACCUUUAUGUAUGAGCAGUUCCCAGAGGUGAUGAACAUGCUGUGGACCAGGAUGCUGAAGGACAACAAGAAGAACUGGAGACGAGUCUACAAGGCUUUACUGCUGCUGGCCUAUCUGAUCAGGAACGGGUCUGAAAGAGUCGUCACCAGUGCCAGAGAACACAUUUAUGACCUGCGAUCUCUAGAAAACUACCACUUCAUUGAUGAGAACGGUAAAGAUCAGGGCAUUAAUGUUCGUCAGAAGGUGAAGGAGAUGGUGGAGUUCGUCCAGGACGAUGACAGACUGAGAGAAGAGAGGAAGAAAGCCAAGAAGAACAAAGAUAAAUACAUUGGCGUCUCCUCUGACAGUAUGGGAGGAGGCGGCGGCAGCUUUAAGAACUCUAAUGAGUUGGAUCGGAGUAAGUGGGAUGAGGACUGGGAUAAGAGCAAAGGAGCUUUCCCAUUCAGCGAGAAGCUCGGAGAGAUCAGUGACAAGAUAGGCAGCACCAUCGACGACACACUCAACAAGUUCAGGAAGAAGGAACGAGAUGACUCACCCGACAGAAUCAGUGAUAACGAGGAGGAUCGAGCGUCGAGGAACGGCAGGCUGGAAACCGUGGAGUUCAAAGAUGAGGAGGAAACCAUCACGACGAAGAGCAUCCAGAUCACGCAAGCGACAGAAACCACCACCACCACUACACGCAAACGCAGCGGAGCAACGAGCAGCAAGACUCUGGACCUGGGCGCUGCAGCCCACUACACCGGAGACAAGAGCCCAGAGGAGAAGUCAUCAGGCCGGCAGUCAUCCAGUAGCGGCCUAGCUGACUUGUUGUCGAUCAACCCUACAUCCAAUCAGAGCACUUCAACAGGUGGCAGCUCAGACCUCAUUUCCGGUUUUGCUGACUUCUCCUCUCCCGCAGCCUCGGCCAGCCUCCCAACCUCCACGGCUGCUGUAUCAUCCAAUGGAAACGGAGAAUUUGGAGACUGGAACGCCUUCUCCACCAAUCCACCGGCUUCAUCUGGCUCUGCUCCUCCCCUGCCCGUCACCGACAUGUUUUGCAGCGUCCAAUCACCCUCAGCCCCGGCCUUGAAUACUGUCCCUGUCCCGCCUUCUGCCGAGCUGUUUGACCUGAUGGGUGGAGUUAACCGCCAAUUAGCCAAUCCACACACAACACUGAGUGCAUCUCAGAGCAUGACUUUCUCUCUGGGAGGAGCGACACCCGGAGCAUCUGUUGCUAUGUCCACCAUGCCUCUUUCUUGCUCUCAACAGAGCUUGGGAGGCAUGAUAUCUCAGCAGCCCAUAGGACAACAGCAGAAGGUUGGGGUCGGAGGUCAAGGAUCAUUAGGGUCAACAUGGUCGGACCCCUCCGUCAACAUUAGCCUGGACUUCCUCUCAGCAGGCCUCAACCCCGCAAAGACACCGCCCACACUCAACAACAUCAUCCAGCAACAAGGAGUGACUCCCGUCAACCUGUUGGCCCAGAACUUCGGAGGACUGAACCUGAGCUCCCCGCCCCACGUGACACCCAUCAGACCACCAGCCAAUCCCCUGAUGGCAGGCAGUGCCAUGACGAUGAGCAUGCCUGCUUCCAUGGCAACCGGCAUGCCUGCUUCCAUGGCCGCGGGAAUGCCACCUUCAAUGACCACGGGUACCAUGGGGAUGGGUGGAAUUCCUGUCAACCAAGGCAUGAUGGGAAUGAACAUGAGCAUGAAUAUGGGCAUGACCACUCCGGUGAUGAUGGGUGGCAUGGGAGUGCCGGGAGUCGGGAUGGGCCUUGCACACUCCAUCACCCCAGCCGUGGUUCCACCCAAACAAGAUGCCUUUGCUAACUUUGGCAAUUUUGGGAAAUGAAGGAGCGUAUAUGUGUGUGUUGAGUGUGAGAGUGAGGGUGCAUGUCUGAAAUCAUGAGAGCGCGAACCGCGGAAGGACUGCUGUACUUGAAGACAACCUUGCAUGUCUCUCUCUGCUCCUGCUGUUUUUAGGCGAGGUGGCACCGGUGGUCGUUGAAGCAGGGGGAGAGCGCCCACUGGUGCCCCUCACCCACUGGUGUUUUUUUCUGGGGGGAGAGAUAAAAAAGCAGGGAUGUUGUUGACCCACAGUCUUUACCCAUUUUUUUAUAAAUAUAUGAACUGCAGUGCUUCCCUGUACAUUACAAAACAUCACUGCAAAACGUUUUUCUCUGUUACUGCACACAGAAUUAGAUCAGUAGGGUUAACUCAGAUGAAAAAAUGGCAUUGCUGCCUUAAUUUUGCAUUGUAGUCAAGUUUUUUAAUAAUUUCAAACUAAUUCAAUCCCAAAUGUCACAUUUCUCUCACUUGUUGCGUAGACAGUAUAAGUAUCUGGAGUAUACAGAAUCCAUAAUCUGAUCCUCCAGCGAAGUGUUGAAUAGGUGUAUGCAGUGAGAUGAUGAUUUACAUAUUACAUAAUUCUUCUCUUUGUCUCCCCCGUCCAGUCAGACACUUAAAGUUUUGUUAAUGUCUAAAAGACACCGUGAGUGAAGCCUUGAAAUGUCCUGAGAAAAACUGUCCUUUUAAAAUUAUAACGUGUUGCUGUUAAAAGUGAUACCUGUCCUCUACUUUCCAUUUUGGAGGCCUCUGUUAUAUUAAUUCCAGAUGAAAGGGACAGUCAGUAUUUUAAAUUUACUCUUACUGCUUUUGCAUACAGACAGUUUGAGGAUAGAGGUGCUGAACAAGGUUUUUUGAAAGAGUAUUUUCCAGCCUGCUGUGGUAAAAGAGUGAACAUAAUUUGUCUUAUUGUCAAUUAUCUAAAUUUCUUUCACGUUUAGGCUGUGGGACAAUUUUUGGGACACCUCAGCAAUGUACCUUUUAGUCACGAAGUAUUUUUGCCACUCAACAUUUUUCAUCUUGCAGCUAACUGUAUGGUCAUAUCUGGGCCAGAUGGACUAGAAAACUAACCACCCUUAUGUUUGACAUGGAUUAGAUAAACUGGAGGAAUUGAAUUUUUUUUCCAUUAGUUUUAAUAAAUGGUUUCUAUGGCUGUAGCUGAGAGAAUUCCAAAGGGUUUUGGGAUCCCAAGAGCAUAUGUGCGAGAAAUGAGUGAAUGUGUGUGUGUGUAUGUGUGUGUGUGAGAGACUGUGUAUGGGUUUAGUUUUCUCUGUUUGAUGUGCAAACACAACUAAGCAGAGCCUCUUGUCAUUUUCUGAGGCUGCCGCACUCCAAAUGACCAAAUCUUUAUUUUGUUACUCUCAGAAGGAUGAUUCCAUAGCAAUUAGUUUAAUAUUUUAUUUGUUUACUUGUAAUGUUGUGAUCAUAUGGGAGAACUAAUAAUAACAUUAUUUAGUUGACAGGAACCUUUUUUUUUUUCUUAAUUUUUUUUUGGUACAGCUCGUUUCAUUUCAUUGUGCUCUUUAUUUUCUGUACUUCAUCAUUAAAUUAAAUUAUAA